UCCCUUGGCUCUGCAGAUGGUGCGGUGGGAAGGAGCGGCUCUGCUAGGCGAGGCGGGGAAGAAGGGACAGCCCUCGCCGCCACCCCGGAGACGGCGCUUCGAGUGAGGCCUUCCCCGGACGCCGCCAGAAAGAGAGCGGCAGCGCUGAGGAGAGACCGCGGGCGGAAAGAGCGGUAUCCCGCCCCGCCGCCGACCUCGCAGAGCCCUUGAGGGAAAGGGGGGCCCUCCUAGCAGACCCGCGGCCAUGACACAGGUAAAUUUUAAAUUGCUCGUCUGGGCUGGAUUAUUAAACUGCUUUAUAGUCUGUGGAUUUGCCCAGCAAGGUGGGAGCAAUUGUAUAAAAGUUAAUGCAAAAUCAUGUGCUGACUGUAUACAAGCUGGACCAAAUUGUGGCUGGUGCAAAAAUAUAACCUUCCUCCAAGAAGGGGAAUCUACUUCAGCACGGUGUGAUGACUUAGAAGUUUUAAAAAGCAAGGGCUGCCCUCCAGAUGAAAUAGAAAAUCCCCGAGGCUCUCAACAGAUGCUGAAAAACAAGGAAGUCACCAAUCGCGUCAAAGGAUCUGCCGAGACUCUCAAGGCAGAAAACAUUACUCAGAUACAACCACAACAAGUAUCGUUAAAGCUACGAAUAGGGGAACCACAGACCUUUUCAUUAAAAUUUAAGAGAGCUGAAGAUUACCCUAUUGAUCUGUAUUACCUUAUGGAUCUCUCUUACUCCAUGAAAGAUGACUUGGAAAAUGUAAAAAGUCUUGGAACCUCUCUGAUGGGUAAAAUGAAGAAUAUAACUUCAGAUUUUCGAAUUGGUUUUGGUUCUUUUGUGGAAAAAACUGUGAUGCCUUACAUUAGUACCACACCAGCCAAACUCAAGAACCCAUGUACGGGUGACCUUAACUGUACCAGUCCUUUUAGCUACAAGAAUGUGCUCAAACUCACUGAGAAUGGAACCCUGUUUAAUAAGCUUGUAGGUAAACAACACAUUUCUGGCAAUUUGGAUUCUCCAGAAGGUGGAUUUGAUGCGAUAAUGCAAGUUGCUGUUUGUGGUGAAAAAAUUGGAUGGCGGAAGGACGUCACUCGAUUGUUGGUGUUUUCCACGGAUGCUGGAUUCCAUUUUGCUGGAGAUGGGAAACUUGGUGGAAUUGUUUUACCAAAUGAUGGACAAUGUCAUUUAGAUAACGACAUGUACACGAUGAGCCAUUAUUAUGAUUAUCCCUCCAUAGCUCAUCUUGUUCAGAAACUAAGUGACAAUAAUAUUCAGAUAAUUUUUGCUGUAACACAAGAAUUUCAACCAGUUUACAAGGAGCUGAAGAAUUUGAUUCCGAAGUCUGCAGUAGGAACACUGUCUUCAAACUCCAGUAAUGUGAUUCAACUGAUUAUUGAUGCGUACAAUUCAUUGUCUUCAGAAGUUAUUUUGGAAAACAACAAACUACCAAAAGAAGUCACAAUUGAAUAUAAAUCUUUUUGCAAGAAUGGAGUGAAUGGUACAGGAGAUGAAGGAAGGAAAUGUUCAAACAUUUCAAUUGGAGAUGAGGUUAAGUUUGAGAUUAAAGUAACAGCCCACCAGUGUCCAGAAAAGGGGCAAAGUGAACCCAUUAGAAUCAAACCCCUGGGUUUCACGGAAGAGGUAGAAAUUAAGCUGGAGUUCAUCUGUGAGUGUGAAUGUCACAAUGAAGGAAUUCCCAACAGCCCACUCUGCCAUAAUGGAACAUUUGAGUGUGGCGCUUGCAGGUGUAAAUCAGGACGUAUUGGAAAACACUGUGAAUGCAGCAUGGAUGAAGUAAACAGUGAAGAUAUGUCAGGGACCUGCAGACCCCCAAACAGUACAGAAAUAUGUAGCAACAAUGGAGAAUGUAUUUGUGGACAGUGUGUAUGCAAGAUAAGAGAGAACCCAAAUGAAAUCUACUCUGGCCAGUUUUGCCAUUGUGAUAACUUCAACUGUGAUCGAUCUGAUGGCUUGAUUUGUGGAGGACACGGUGAAUGUAAAUGUCGUGAAUGUGAAUGUUGGCAAAACUACACAGGCUCCGCUUGCGAGUGUCCCCUGGAUACGACCCCCUGCAGGGCUGCUAAUGGGCAAAUCUGCAAUGGCAGAGGGACCUGUGAGUGUGGUGUCUGCAACUGCACUGAUUCCAAAUUUCAGGGUCCUACCUGUGAGUUAUGUCAGACCUGUCCUGGAGUCUGUGCAGAGCACAAGGACUGUGUCCAGUGCAGAGCUUUUGGCAAAGGGGAAAAGAAAGAUAAAUGUGAUGAAGAGUGUUCACAUUUUAACAUGACGCUGGUAGACCACAGGGAGAAGCUGCCACAGCCUGGUGACUUUGAUGCUCAGAGUCAUUGCAAAGAGAAGGAUAUUGAUGACUGCUGGUUUUACUUCACCUACUCAGUGGAAUCGAAAAAAGCCAUUGUCCAUGUGGUGAAGACACCAGAAUGCCCAACUGGCCCUGACAUCAUUCCUAUUGUUGCUGGUGUGGUUGCUGGAAUUGUUCUUAUCGGUCUUGCUUUAUUGCUUAUUUGGAAACUGCUUAUGAUAAUUCAUGACAGAAGAGAAUUUGCAAAAUUUGAGAAGGAAAAGAUGAAUGCCAAAUGGGAUGCGGGUGAAAAUCCUAUAUACAAGAGUGCAGUGACAACUGUGGUCAAUCCGAAAUAUGAGGGAAAAUGAAAAUUGCUUUGUAAUUUCACAACACUGUAUGCAAUGUAGCAAUUUUGUAGUCACAGUAACCUAGCUUUUUAGGGCAAUACUGCAAUGAAUUUACUAAUUCAUUACAUUACAUGUAGAUUUGUUUCCUAUGCAGAUUUUUUAAAUGUACAGUAUGAGUUUAUUUUUUGUGAAGGUUUUUUUUUUUGUUUUAUGUGUGAAAUCAGUGCCAGAGGACUGACAGAAAACUUGAGACUGCAUAGCCCUUUCUGCUAAGGUCACAUGGUGCCUUUUUGACCUUUCCCUCCCAUGACUGGAGUGAAAUGGCUGAAAGCAAUCAGUAUGAGGGGCUCUGCCUACCCGUUAAGUAUUAAUAUUAGACCAGUUUUAGCUUUAUAGGUACAUCAGGGCUGGGGCUUGCACAGUUAAAGCAAGCCAAAUAAUUCCUUGGAAACUUAAAAAGUUUUCUUUAGCUUGUGAAUAAUGGAGUGUCUGCCUCAAGACUUACCUUGUUGGAUACAGUAAGCUGAAUGAGAUGGAAAUCAUGAUAUAAAUGACAAUUUAAUAAGCUGUUAAGCAUUUUAAACUGUCAAAAAGUUACAGAGUGUAUAGGAGGACUAACAGGUCGGAAACAAUAGCUUUAAUCAUGCAAUUUUUAUGCCAUUACUGUACAGUAACCUAAGAAUUUUACUUUGUAAAUUCAGUCUGUGGGCUUUGGUACUGUGGAAGUACCAGGACAUCUUCUAAAUGCAUAGAGGCCUUAAUUUUAUUGUGUACUUGUUUUUAAAAAAUGCUUUCUUAGUUUAAAGCCUAAUGCUUUGUCACCUUUUAUGUAUUUGGUUGCAUUUUGUGUAAGAUUGUCAAAACAACUUGAUUUUUCUUUCAGUUUUGGCUGUAAAUUUGCCUUUACUGUGUAGCUAAGACAACAUGACUGUCAAGAUAUAUAUUGUCAUUUGAUGUGUCAUGUAUACUUGCCUCUGACCAUUCUGUCCUAUCACAUUCUUAUUUUAAGUGCCUUUGAUUUUAACAAAUGUUCACUUUUUACAGUGCUAUAUGGAAGUUAUUUAUUAAAUAAAAGAUUAAAUCAGA